CACGCUCAAUGUUCAUCUCAACUUUAUCAUUAUUCGCUCCAAGAUCGUUCUGACGUGCAGAUAAUAUCUGAUAUCCCAAUUAAAAACCCCCUUUCGACACGGACUGAUUGGUUAAUCCAAUUCAUUUUUUACCAUUUUUUACUCAUCUGUAAUUCUAGCCGUCUUGGUCGGUGCGAAUCCAACACUUUCAUUCAGCAUGCCAAUUUUGUAAUCGUCGUCUUGCUUGACGCGGUCUUUGGAACCUCAUUUAUACUUCUGUCGAACCCUUUUAACAUUGAACGUAACUAACUACUAGCCAAACUAUCUCUUGGUACUAUCGACUUUACCCAAGCCACCGGUUAAUAAAAUGAUGGAAAUCCAACUCGACAUUCUUCUUUGAGUAGCAUCCUCUGCUGCCACUUCGCAAACUUCGCAAACUUCGCAAACUCACCCGCCACUUCUUCCACUUCUUCCACUUCCUCCACUUCCCUUUCACCUUUCCACCCUUACCUUUCCACCCUUACCUUUUCCCUUCUACGCCUUCUACGCCUUCUACGCCUUCUACGCCUUCUACGCCUUCUACGCCUUCUACAUUUGACUACCUCACUCCUUCACCGUCACUAUUUUCUAAAAAAUCGCUCCUUCUCCAUUUCCACUCAUCAUGGAUAUGGCACAGACCUUAGUGCGCUCUGUCGCACGCGCUUUCUUCACCGCGCCCGAGGAUAGAAGGAUGAUUCUCAUUGUUGAUGCUCUCGUCUUGCACUCGACCCUACGCGACGACGAUUUAUCCUUGCUGAUGAACCUGAACACCAAAGAUUUGCAUAGGAUCUGCGCCAAGCUCAAAGAGGAACGCUUUUUGCAGAUUCAUAAUCGUCCCGAAAUCAGAGAGGGCAAGGACAAAGCCACCAACCGUACUUAUUACUUUAUCGAUUACCGCCAGGCCAUCGAUGCUAUCAAGUACAGAACUUUCAAGCUUGACAAGAAAGUCCAAGGCGAUGCUAUCCCCGCUCAAGAGAAGAAGGAAUACUUUUGUCUUGUCUGCAAGGCUGAGUGGACCCAGAUGGAAGUUCUUGACAACGUGGAUAUUCAUCGUGGUUUCAUGUGCCAUCGCUGUGAUAACAUUCUAAAGUUCGAGCCUGAUCGCGAGGCCGGCGGACACGAGCUUUCUACUCGUCUAAACAGUCAACUCAAGUUCAUCAUCGAUGUCCUACCCAAGCUAGACACCGUGACCAUUCCCGAAGGUGACUUCGAGACCGCACACGCCCGCGCUCUUCCUGUCAUCCGCGAUGCCGCCAACCAAGUCGCCGCUUCAGUUGUCGUCGAGGGUUUCGCAAGGCCUACCGCUGUGAGGGGUAUGGCGAACACCGGCCCUCAAAGUAUUGCUAUCAGUAUCACCGAUACCGAUGGCCCGACCGAAGCCGAGAAGGAAGCUGAGCGCGCACGAAAGGAGGAGGUCGCCCAGAUGAAUGCUCUACCGUCGUGGCACACCACUAGCACCGUUACCGGCUUAUCAUAUGCCUUGAACGCCAACCCCACCGCGGUGCACAGGUCUGAGGAGGAUGACGCUAAGAAGCCCGACGAAUCCGCUGCCGACGCUGCGCAUGACAGAGAAAUGGAGGCGCUGUUCAAGUCACUAGACGAACAAAGACGCAAGGAAUUAGAAGAGGAGGAGGAGGAUGAUAACGAUGAGGAUGACGACGAAGGAGGUGAAGAUGAAGAUGAGGAAGACGAUGACGACGUUAAGGGUCGAGAUGUAGAGUUCGUCGACGUUUCCGCUGAUGUUAGCACCCUAGGCGAGAAGCGACUCGCAUCGAGUGGCCCUACCAGCGCUGCGGAAACUCCGGCUUCUGAGAGACCAUCCAAGAAGGUUAAAGUUGAAGAGCCCGCCGACGAUGGCGAGAGCGAGGACGACGAUGACUUACAGUUUGAGGACGUUUGAGCAGGAGUGGCACCGAGAUCAUAAUUCCGAAGUCCACGGUAGAGAGGAUAGGGCAAGAAAUGGGCGAGGGUGAAAGGUAUAUAGAGAUAAGGAGGGACACACAACUGGGGUCGGCACAUGGAAUACAUUUCCUCAUAAUCACGAUACCCUAGAUAAACGCGGCAUGGCACACGCGUUAUUUGAUAUUCCAGGCAUGGGUUUUCCUGGACGGCGUCUAAAAUGGAUAGUUGGUAUGUAUAUAACAUGCUAAGUAGUAAUUGCAUUGAAAGCUCCAAAUAGCCUCGAGUAAAACAAGAACAGUGCAAUGUGAAAAGGAGGG